GGCCGGACUGGGCGGUGUCAGCGGAGGCCCUCGCCAGGCGCGGCCGCCGCGCGAGACCCGGGCAGCCGCGGCGCCGACGGGAGCGGCAGCGGGAGGCCCGCCAUGGAGACCCGCUACAACCUGAAGAGCCCGGCUGUUAAGCGAUUGAUGAAAGAAGCAGCGGAAUUGAAAGAUCCAACAGAUCAUUACCACGCUCAGCCUCUGGAGGAUAACCUUUUUGAAUGGCACUUCACAGUUAGAGGGCCCCCAGAUUCCGAUUUUGAUGGAGGAGUUUAUCAUGGACGAAUAGUGCUCCCACCUGAGUACCCUAUGAAACCACCAAGCAUUAUUCUGCUAACGGCUAAUGGACGAUUUGAAGUAGGCAAGAAGAUCUGCCUGAGCAUCUCAGGGCAUCAUCCUGAAACCUGGCAGCCUUCGUGGAGCAUAAGGACAGCAUUGCUGGCCAUCAUUGGUUUUAUGCCAACUAAAGGAGAGGGAGCCAUAGGUUCUCUAGAUUACACACCCGAGGAGAGAAGAGCGCUUGCCAAAAAAUCACAAGAUUUCUGUUGUGAAGGCUGUGGCUCUGCCAUGAAGGAUGUCCUGUUGCCUUUAAACUCUGGAAGUGAUUCAAGCCAGGCUGACCAAGAAGCCAAAGAACUGGCGAGACAAAUUAGUUUUAAGGCCGAAGUGAAUUCAUCUGGAAAGACUAUCGCUGAAUCAGAUGUAAACCACUCUUUUUCACUAAAUGAGUCACAAGACGAUUUACCUACAGCAUUCCAGGGUGCUACAGCCGGCACAUCGUAUGGAGCCCAGAAUCCAUCUGGAGCACCCUUGCCACAACCUACCCAACCGGCUCCUAAGAAUACCUCCAUGAGCCCUCGACAGCGCCGGGCCCAGCAGCAGAGUCAGAGAAGGUCUUCUACUUCCCCCGACAUGAUCCAAGGCCAGCCACCUAGAGCCAACCAUACUGAGCACGGCGGGUCUGCCAUGCUCAUCGUCAUCCUGACUUUGGCAUUGGCAGCUCUUAUAUUCCGACGGAUAUAUCUGGCCAAUGAGUACAUAUUUGACUUUGAGUUAUAAUGCUGGUUUGUGACUUAAGAGCUGAGACUCAGUUGCUUCAUUAAACAUUCUGCAUUGGGUAUAACCUAA